GAGUUGAAGGAGGAGAAUUAUAAAGUAGGCAGUUUCUUUUUUGCCAGAGAACAGAGGCUCUCGGCUGGAGAAGCCACUGCCACUCCCAACUGAUCCCUUCUCUUCAUCAAAAAUAGACACCAAAAACUCUAAGAAAAGAAAUCCAACCCUUCCAACGGAAGAUGCAGAAGCCCUAUUGACACAAAGUUUCCAAGAAUUUUCCCGAUUUGACUUUCUGGAGGAAACUUCAGUCUUGUUUUCAGGAAGCUGAAUGCGAAGUGGCCUGGCCGAGAUGUCCCAGCCGGCCUUUUUUGCCGUUCUUCUUUGCAUGACGCUGGUUCCCCUCCAGGCUCAGUUUGAUGAGGACGAGUACACAGCCUUCAGUCCUCGCCCAACUGCCUGUCCAGAGAAGACCGACUGCCCCAUCAACGUGUACUUUAUCAUUGACACCUCGGAAAGCAUUGCCCUGCAGACUGUGCCGAUCCAGAGCCUGGUGGAGCAUAUGAAGCAGUUCAUCCAGGCCUUCAUCAGUAAACUGGAGACCGAGGUUUACCAGAACCAGGUCUCCAUCACAUGGAAUUUCUGGGGACUUCACUUCUCAGACGAGGUGCAGAUUUACAGCACCUUGACCAACAGCAAGGACGUGUACCUCACCAGGCUGAAUGCCAUCAACUACAUUGGUCGGGGCACGUUCACAGACUGCGCGAUCUCCAAUAUGACCAAGGAGAUCAUGAGCCAUGCAGUCCCUGCCGUAAAAUUCGCUGUGGUCAUCACCGACGGCCAUGUGACAGGCAGCCCCUGUGGCGGGAUGAAAAUGCAGGCCGAGAAGGCCCGGGAUGCAGGGAUCAAGCUCUUUGCAGUGGCCCCCAGCCAGAACAUCUUCGAGCCGGGUCUCCGGGAGAUCGCCAACCUCCCCCACGAGCUGUACCGCAAUAACUAUGCCACCACCAAGAGAGGUGCCAUCGAGGUGGACGAGGACACCAUCGACCAGAUUAUCCAAGUCAUGAAACACGAAGCCUAUGGAGAGUGCUACAAGAUGAGCUGUCUGGAGAUCACAGGCCCGCCUGGGCCCAAGGGCUACCGGGGGCAGAAGGGUGCGAAGGGGAACAUGGGUCAACCAGGAGGUCCUGGGCUAAAAGGGCGACAGGGUGACCCAGGUAUUGAAGGUCCCAUCGGAUACCCUGGUCCCAAGGGUAUUCCUGGUCUGAAAGGAGAGAAGGGCGAGUUUGGAGGCGACGGCCGGAAGGGGGCAGCUGGUUUGGCAGGAAGGAACGGCACCGAUGGACAGAAGGGCAGGCUGGGACGGAUUGGAUCCCCUGGCUGUAAGGGAGACCCUGGGGACAAGGGCCCUGAUGGUUACCCAGGAGAUGCAGGAGACCAAGGAGAACCAGGAGACGAAGGCAUAAAGGGAGAUCCUGGCCGCCCUGGCCGCAGCGGACCCAUGGGAUCUCCAGGAGAAAAGGGAAACCGGGGACCUGAAGGCAACAAGGGAGCCCCUGGGAGCCCUGGUGCCAAGGGAGGCAGAGGCAGCCCAGGACCUGCUGGACCCAAGGGAGAGCCGGGUCGUCGCGGGGACCCAGGGACAAAAGGCAGCCCGGGGAGUGCUGGGACCAAGGGAGAGAAGGGAGACCCCGGCCCCGAAGGCCCCCGGGGCCUAGCAGGAGAAGUCGGCAGCAAAGGAGCAAGGGGCGAUCGAGGAGUGCUGGGGCCCCGAGGCCCGCAGGGCGCCGUGGGAGAGCCGGGCAGGCCUGGAUCUCGUGGGGACCCAGGCGACAUGGGCACAAGGGGCAACCCAGGGCCCCCAGGACCAAAGGGAGACCGAGGCAGACCUGGCUUCAGCUACCCUGGCCCCAGAGGACUUGGGGGCGACAAAGGCGAGAAGGGACCGCCUGGUCCAGAGGGUGGAAGGGGCGACUUUGGACCGAAAGGCGCUCCCGGGGUGAAAGGAGACACAGGGGAACCCGGUGACCCCGGCCCAUCCGGCGAGCCUGGCCCCAGAGGCAGCCCAGGCCCAAAGGGCAUCGAGGGUGAUCCGGGCCCACCCGGAGAUCCUGGCCUAACCGACUGCGAUGUGAUGACCUACGUGAGAGAAACCUGCGGCUGCUGCGACUGCGAGAAGCGCUGCGGUGCCCUGGACAUCGUGUUUGUCAUAGACAGCUCCGAAAGCAUCGGCUACACCAACUUCUCCCUGGAGAAGAACUUUGUCAUCAACGUGGUGAGCCGCCUGGGCUCCAUUGCCAAGGACCCCAAGUCAGAAACAGGUGCCCGGGUCGGGGUGGUGCAGUACAGCCACGAGGGGACAUUCGAGGCCAUCCAGCUCAACGACGAGCGCAUUAACUCACUGUCCAACUUCAAGGAGGCGGUGAAGCGUCUGGAGUGGAUCGCCGGGGGCACCUGGACACCCUCCGCCCUGCAGUUUGCCUACAACAAGCUCAUCAAGGAGAGUAGGCGAGAGAAAGCCCGUGUGUUUGCCGUGGUGGUGACAGACGGGCGCCACGAUCCGCGGGACGACGACAACAACCUCCAGGCCUUCUGCCAGGGAGACGUGAUCGUCAACGCCAUCGGCAUCGGAGACAUGUUCAACCAGCCAGACCAGGACGAGACCCUGCGCUCCAUUGCGUGCAACGAGCAGCAGCGUGUCCAGAAAAUGAGGCUCUUCUCGGAGCUGGUGGCUGAGGAAUUCAUUGACAACAUGGAGGACGUCCUCUGCCCAGAUCCACAGAUCGUCUGCCCAGAACUGCCCUGCCAAACAGAUGACAGGAACCCUGGGAAUGCAAACCCACUUAUUUUCCGCCCCAUGGAAGAGGAGGUCAAGAUACCUUUCCCCUACACCAAAGAGUCAAUCGCCCAGUUCCUAAACUCUACGCGGGAAAUCCAGGACCCCAGCACGUACAGCCAGCUGGUGGCCACUUUGGCCUAUACCGCCGAGAACGCCAAGUUUGCCACUGGACAUGAGCGGCAGGAGUGGAUGGACCUGUUCAUUGACACUUUUAAAAUAGUGCACAGUGAAAUUGUGGGGGAUCCAGAAACCGUGCUGGGGCUCUGCUGAGCUUUGCACUAGGGACAGUGUACAGGACUGGCAGCUGAGCUGGAGAAAGGUGCUCUUGGGAAAAGCAAUGUUCCCUGUAAACAGCGCCUCUUGAGAAUUCCCAGGAGGGGCUGGGUACCAUGGUGGACGCAUUGAGCUUAGGAGGAGCCCAGAGAGUCUCGGUGGCUCCCAGCCAGUGAUUUGAUGGCAGGGGCGGUUCUCUCCAGCGUGGCUGGCAGAGCAGCCCGGUGCAUCUUCCCAGACACGAGGAGAGAUGCUCCUGCUUCACCCACUGUCUCUGCAGCACUUUUUAAGGGAACAUUGGGUGCUGGCAGAGGAGCUGUCCUGUCCCGAAGAGACACUCCUAUUCUGUCCUUCUAAACACGCCAAGCCCACAAUGACAGGCUAGCUUGUCAAAUAGCCCUCGUGGGCCCUCCCAGCCCUCAGUCCCACCUGGGCUCCAUGGCUGAAUCAGGGAGGUUGCUUGCCGAUGUGUACCUGAGGGCCAGAGCAAGCCCUGUCUCAGCGAUGGGUGUAGGGAUGUGUGCUAACAUGUGUCUGUUUUCCUACGUAGCUUUUGUUCUGAUUGUCCUUGAAUUUUCUCCUGUGUUCUCUUUUUGUGUUUAACUAACCAGGCUUUCCUUGGGUUAUGCCAGCCCCGAGAGAGGCCAGGCUCCCAACUGAGAAGCCCCACCACGCUACCCCCUUUGCUAUAAUCACAAUGUUUAAUCACUCAACUUGCGCUGUAACCUGUGCUAUUAAAGAAAAGAGAGCCGUGCGAGCGGUUCGGGGUGGGCCCCCUUUGUGUCUCCCUUGGGCUUUGCUGGAAACUGCCCCGGUCUCAACAUGUGCCCUGUGUCUUUGUCUGAGUGUCAUUCUGCCUGCAUGUCGUAUGCAUACUGGACUUGCUCUUCUCACUGUCCUAGAAGCCACAUGCCUACUCCUAGGCAGGAAAAUCCAGCACAUGUCGGAACAAGGAGCUAAAAGCUAUUCCCCAGUGACUGCGCCGUUCUGAAAUACCAUAAUGUACCCUACAUGUGCGAGGCACUAGGUGUAAACAUGCUGUCGUUCGGGGCAUGGAAAGUUCCUAACCAGCUGUGUACGUGAUUCAGAGAGGUUACAGUCCCAUCGUGUGAGCCCUGCUCAUUAUAACCUGCUCCAAGGGACCACAUGGGGAGAGUUUCAAAGGCACCUAACUCCCAUUGACUUUGAAAGAGAGUUGGGCACCAUGCGGCUAUCUGUGCUUUCAAAACUCUCCCCCAUAGCUAUAGAAGAGCAGACCAAAGAGUACGGGGCACAAAUAUCAGGUUCCAGUGGGUGAAUUCUGCUAGCCCCCCGGCAUGGAGGUAGCCUCACUGCAAUGACUUCAGCUAUCUUGUGCAUUUCAUUAGUUAAUAUGCAGAUAAAAAUACCCAGAACUGGACUGAGCAUCCCAUCGUGCAGUGAUGUUUGGGCUAUAAUGCCGUCUGCUUUCACGGGCCUGCAGCGGGUACAUUUGCCAGAGCACUAGAUGGGGCCAGGGUGGGAAGCAGGAGCUGGAACUGGGAGUCUGCAAACCUCCGAAAUGUUUUGUGACUCUGCACCCCAAAUCCUGGCUAGGUGCGAGAGCUUCACCAGAAUGAGCCAGAGCUCUGGGGCUUGCGAGCAUUGCAUGGUAAUAGGCAUGCUCAGCUGGGAUCUCUCAUUUUCUGCUUUGGGUGGGGCAGAUGCCCCUCUUGCUCUGCAGCCGGACCCUUUUGCUGCCAGCCUGCCCCAUGGGAGGGAGCUCGGAGAAUUCCAGCGCUGGCAAAUACCGAAAAAAGGGCUGACAACGCUUGGCCAGGCUUUUGAAUGGCUUGGCUUGGCUUGAGCUUUGGGCAAAGGGUUGGGAGCAGGGCGAGGUCCUACCAGUGGUGACUCCAUUUAUCCGUCUCUGGAUGUAAUCAGCGUAGGUAAGGUGGGGUGAAGUGAACAACCCCCCCACACACCACCACCAUUUUGGUGUGUGACACUAAAGAGAGCCGUGGCUUUAGCUUGCGGGGGUGCGACUGAGAAGCGCUAAACUCAGAGCAUUGUUGCUGCUUUGACCUGAGCCAAAGACACACAACUGUUGGCCCAGGAGGAAUCCCGUCUGGUUUCUGCGGGGGCUGCCUGAGGCCUGGCGUGUUUUGCUCCUAAGUCAAUACAGCUUAGUUUGUUUUAGCCAGGUGAGUUUAUCCCUCCUCCCCCGCAGGCUGCGGCUAGUUGUUUGGUUUCCUGGGCGGAGCUCGCCCAGAAAGGGAACAUGACAAAUCAGCAGAAAUCUAAGUCCGCAGAAGACAGGAACAGCAUCUCCGAGGGCAGCCUCAGGAUCUCUGUGCAGUUCUGAGCCCGUGAGUGGAGAACCUGCCCUUGGCAAGUCCCUAGCAGCCCCCAGGCAGGCUCUGACGCAGAAUCCACGUCUUUCCCUCUGCCUCACGGCGCAGCAGACAGGUGGGGGGAUUGAGGGGACAGAUGAUCUCAGGGGGAGGGGGUUGCCGUGAGACUGCCCACCAUGCAAUGGCAAAGGGGUUCCCUGGCUGCUGGGGCUCUUCACUGGAGGGAAACGAUAAAAAGACAUGGGGAGAAUUGCGAACAGGGCCGGGGGUGGUUCUGUCAGAGCUCGGAAUUCCCCGUAUGUAAACUCAGGUGGUGGGUGUGGGAAGCAGGGGUGGGCGGGACGGGCUGGGUUAUCGGUGUGGGACAGGCAGGGCUCUCCGCAGCAAAGCACUGGUUCGGUUGAUCUGCUUUACCCACCGUCUCCAUUCGCCCUGCGCCGCCUGCUGCCAGCUCCUCGCUCCUGGUGCAGCCGUAGCCUCCUUGCUCUGUACGCUGCAGGGGAUGGACCCGUACUGCAGUUGCAGCUGGCUGUGAAGAGCACAGGCUGCCAGCCCUGGGCUGGCUAUUGCGGGCCUCGAGGAUGCUCCUCGGGGGUGGGGGUGGCAGAUUUGCCGAGCUUAGUGGCAGCCCUCCCGUCACAUCCCAGGGGGGUAGUUGAUGGAAGCAGCCCCCGUCCUUCCCGGGAGAGGAGGAACAUCAGCCCCACCUCUGGGCUGCACCCACAGCCUGGCUGGCAGCUGGGAAGACAAAUGAUGGGCAGCAGCCUGACACCAGGGACCACUAACGCUAUGGGGGGCUUGUCUAGAUCUGCUUCCCCUGCCCCACCUUGGGGGAGCCUCCUGCCUAGGGGGGGCCCUUCCCUCCCUCACCUGAAAUCAGGCCAUGCCAAGCAGGGAUCUCGGGGGCAGCUCAUCCCCACAGAGGCGGGUGCUUAAUCCUCCUGACUUAAAGGGCAGCCGUACCCACAGCCCGGGGCAGGGAGCCACCCUGAGAGUGGAGUAACGUCCCGCUGGUAUGUGGGUGCAACGUGAACAGGCCGGGAGCCCGCGGACGUGCCCCUCCGUGCCAGGCAGGGGGCACGCCCACGUUCCAACCGGCUCUGAGGGCUCCUGGCCAUUGAACAGGGUGGCAGGAGGCUCAGGCUGACCUCUCUGCUGCGGGCCACAGCACAGGGCUGAGGUGAGUGACGGGUGAGCCCCUUUCGGACGCUGCCGCAGCCCCACCCCUGGGACAGAGCUCUCUGCGCCCAGCUCAGCCAGCCGCUGGGCUCAGGGGCCUGGCACGGCACAAUGGAAGAGCCCACUUGUUGGGGGCAGGCCGGGCAGAGUCUAAACAGCCUUUUCCCCCAUGGCGUCAUCCCUUGCGCCUACGAUCGGUAGCUGCCUGCAGCUCUUCUGGUCUCGCUCCUCUGGGGCAGGAUCCCUGCUGGAACUGACUGGUGGCAGGUCUCAGCCCCGGGACAGAGGGGCUUGGGCAGGGGGAGGUGUCAGGGAGACAUUCAAACCCUACAAGGCUUUGUUAUACUCUCCCGCUUCCAACAGCCCCGGCCUGAGGGUGCUGGGGCUCUGUGAGAGGAGCCCAGCGAAGACGCACCCGGCAGAACAGCCGGUGCCCCCAGGGAGCACAGUGCCCCAGUGAAUGGGGUACACAAGACAGCUGCCAGGGAGAGAAAGAGAGUCAGCCCCCUCUUCGUCUGUUCUGACACUGAAUGGGGCUUCCCCUUCCACUGGGCUGUGGCAAGGAGACUGCUUCCUGGCCUUUGUCUGACAGCCCUUGUGCUGGCCUGUGCCCCACGCCAGGGGUGGCUGCAGAGCGGGCGGUUUCCCGCUGCACCAUUGCCCUCCUCGCUGCGGCUGCAUGGCACAGCCCUUCCUCAGCUGCCUCACACCCCUGCUCAGACUGCGACUCUGGCCUGGUGGGGAGCAGAGGAGAAGACUGGGGCUCCAGGGAAGCAGUGGGGGGUUGCCCCCACAAACACAUCGCUCUCGUCCAACCCAGGCAGUGUGAGGAAAUGGCGGCGCCUCCCCUGGUUCCUUUCCCCACGCUUGACGUGACUGUUUUCCCUCUGCCCACAGAGCUGGCGGUGGCGCAGUGCACACAGCGCCCUGUGGACAUCGUCUUCCUGCUGGAUGGCUCAGAACGAACCGGAGAGGUGAACUUCCACAGGGCCCACAACUUUGUGGAGGAGGUGUCCCGCCGCCUCACGCUGGCCAGGGGUGACAAUGACAACAUGAAUGCGCGGAUCGCCCUCCUACAGUAUGGCAGCGAAGAAGAGCAGGUGGUGCUCUUCCCCCUGACGUACAACCUGACCUACAUCUCAGAGGCCCUGUCCACGAUCAAGUACCUGGACUCCUCCUCCAACAUUGGCUCUGCCAUCAUCCAUGCCAUCAACAACAUCGUCAUCAGCCCGCAGAACGGGCAGAGGGCUGCCCGGCGCAACGCCGAGCUCUCCUUCGUCUUCAUCACCGACGGCAUCACGGGCAGCAAGAAUCUCAACGAGGCCAUCAACUCCAUGAAGAAGCAGGACGUCAUGCCCACAGUGGUGGCCCUCGGGAGUGACGUGGACAUGGAUGUCCUGCUGAAGAUUGGCCUAGGGGACCGAGCUGCCAUCUUCCGGGAGAAGGACUAUGCCAGCCUCUCCCAACCUGGCUUCUUCGACAGGUUCAUUCGGUGGAUCUGUUAGUUCAGGGGAAUGCGCGUGUGCCCCGUCACCAAUACACACACCCAUGAUAUUCCUUGGUUUGUUUUGUUCUCUUGCCAUUCUAUGGUUGUAGGCAGGCCCAGAGCGGUCGGUACAAACUGCCCUCUGGACGGUCUCUUUUUUUUAUUUUUUUAUUUUCAUGAUGAACAACAGUGUCACUCACGUUAAUGGUGCUAAUUAUAACCAAGAUCGAAGUAUUCAGAGCCAUACCAUGUCAUUUGUCAUGCCCUACGCAAACUAAACGCGCCCUUAGUGUGUGUGUGAGCGCUGUGAUCCUAUGGGCGCUAAACCAUGGGGCAGCAAACCUUUCCAAUUCAGCAGGAAGAAGAGUCAUCUCUGGCAUCCAAGAAUGUGUCCAGCCACCAGCUCCACAGCCCCCGUCCCCACACCUCCCCAAGCACUCUUAGGUGGAGCUUGCAUCAUGCUGAGGGCAGUGCAUCCCCACUGCUGCUGCUCUUUGUCCCAGGAUCAAGCUCAACGGCUUCUAAGGUGGGCCUGUGCACUGAGCUUGGACCUCAGGUUUAUUCACAGUUAAAGAGAACAGAAGAAACAUAAUUGGAGCCUUCAUUAUCCUAGUGGCAUCCCCAGGCUUCGACACGUUCCACUGGUGAGCACCUUCUCUUCCCGCUCCCCUUCCCUCCUGCCCUCGCUGAGGGGCUUCAGGGGUAGAUUGCCUCUGGUGCAUCAUGGUAUGUCUUGAUGUGGCCAGCAAAGUGCACUUCCAUUGCCUCUUUACCUGUUCUUACCAGGGGGGUUACCUGUCCCCCUCCCUAGCAAUGAUGCGUUGGUCUGUUAGCCAAAGUUCAGAUCUGAACCAUUCCUUAUCCAGAUGCUCCCAGGUGACCCAUUCAGCGCUACAUCUGCCUUGCAUUUCACUGGCCUCCUCCUGCAUCCAGACUGUUCUGUGACUCUCCUUAUCUUGCUUCCUUCUGCUGCCACCACCCAUCUCUCCUGAGUGCUUGUGCAUUUACCACCUCCAUUAGGGUCCUCAUGGGGAGGACCAGGAUGCAGGGGGGCUGGCAGCACCCAGCCAGGCUCCUGACGGGGCGGUCUGAGCUUGAGCGCACCCCAGGGUGUGCAUGUGAAACCAGGAAAUUGCAGCUUAGAGCAUACGUGCGACUGGGGCCGCCUGAAUGACAGCCAGCCCUGGACUCCGCUUGUGCUCUGCAAAAUAAAUCAAUAAAUAAACUACCCCACCCUAAAA